AUGUCAGAAGAAGAGAUUGUUGCAUGUGAUUAAUGUAAAUAAGUACCAGAUAAUUACUUAAGUCUAAAUUGUAAUCAUUGUUUUUGCUUAAUAUGUAUGGCUUAAAACUUUUUGAAAGUAUUUUAAUUUAAAAUAAUAGGGUGGAAGAAUCUUCAAAUUAGAAGGAACAGAUAAUAUUCAUUAUAUAUGUACAGUAUGUGAAAAAGACACUCCUUUAGAUGAUGGAUCAGUAUCAGUAGUUGAGAGUAUCUGUCAUCAAUUGAUUCAAACUAGUCUUGAAAAGGUUCGUGAAGAUUAAAAUUAAAUUAAAGAAGAUAAACCACUAUAAUAAAGUUAAACUAUUAUAUAGCCAUUACCAUAACCAAAAUGUGAUAUUCAUACUAAAGAAGAUGCAACAUUAUUUUGUUUUACUUGUGAAAAUAAGUGUUUUUGUAUUAAAUGUUUAUUGAGACAUGAUAAUAAAACACAUGAAAUAUAAAAUGUUAAUAGUUGUUUAAAGAGAUUAAAGAGUAAAAUGAAUGAUGCCACACAUACAAUAGGGGCAUCUUUAGAAUUAAUGUAAUUGCAAUUAAAAAGAGUUUAAGAUUAAGAUUCUACGUUAUAAGAAGAGAUGGAUUAUUUAAUUUAAAGAGUAUAAGAAUAAUUUUAAUCAUUAUAUUAAGUGAUUCAAAAUAAGGAAAAAGAGAUUUUAACAUAAUUAGAUAAUCUUAAAGAGAUAUAAGAAUAAUAGACUGAAAAAAUGCUUAAUGAUAUUUAGAUGAAAAUUAACAGUCUUAUUUAAUUAAGAAGUGAUUUUGAAAAUAUAGGUUUAAGUGAAUCAUUAUAACCAUCAGUAAGUAUUCUUAAUUACUAUUCGGGAUGUAAAUAAAUAAUGUAAAAAGUUAUUGGAUAAAUGAGUUUUAGUGAUAUUUUUAGUACUGUUAAAUAUUUUCCAGAUAAUGGUAUAUUAUUAUUUUUUAUUAAAGAAUAAUUCUUUAGAUAUGAUGAAUUUGAAUUGAAAAUGUAGAAUUUAAAAGCAUAAAUUGAUAGAUUCUUUAAUUAAUAAAGAUCAGUAUCUUAACAUGAAAAGUAGAGUAGAAUUACAUAAAAAUCAGCAAUUAUUGAUUAGUUAUAUCUUAGUUAAAGAUGUCAUACCUAAAUGGAUGAAAGUACUGAUAGUUUUAAAUCACAUUAAGUUUCAACUUAUUCUAAAAUAAACACUCCAAUCAAUAAUUAAAGAAAUUUAUAAGCAAAGGUUGAUGAAAUAAAAUAAUUAUAUUCAGAUAGAGUUAAAACUUAAUAAAAAUUAUAGAAACAAUAGGAGAAUAGUCUAAAUAAUAUACAAAGAUCCUUUUCUGAAUUAGCUAGUUUCAAAAAAUAGACUGCUCUAAGUGCAUUAAGAUUAUAAUAGGGCUUGUUUGAUUCAAGAGUAACAAAAAAAUUAUAAUAAUCUUAGUAGCAAUAAAUACAAGAAUCACAACAAGUUCAAAAAUGA